CAAUGGAUUAUAAGACAUUUUUUUAAUUUAUCUUGAAAAUCCUGAUGUUAAAAAUAUCGAUAUAAUAUCGCCUCAAAUAUAUUCGAUAUAAUAUCGAACUCACAAGCGAAUAGAGAUACAAUCAAAUAUUGAAUGAUAUCGACUAUCGAUAUUAGUAGCGUGACUCCAAAUUUUCUGGCAAAUUCUAUAGAAUUGAUUGCUUGGAAACUACGACUGGAGAAACUAGUUUUCUCGGGCUCACCGGUGUGUACGUGUGCAAGAAUUCGCGUUUGCUUACGAACCAGUGUACAUUAGACAACCGAACGCAUUCUUUGUUACAAAACGAUGGCCGAAAUAGAUUUGUCUCCUGCAAAAGACAAUGGUGUGUUGAAAGAAAUUAUCAAAGAAGGACAAGGAGAUGAUACUCCUACAGUUGGUUGCAAAGUAAGGGUUCACUACACUGGUACUUUAUUGGAUGGAACAAAAUUUGACUCUAGCAAAGAUAGGGGUAAGCCGUUCAAGUUUGAUCUGGGCCGUGGUAGUGUCAUCAAAGCAUGGGAUAUCGGAGUGGCUAGUAUGAAAAAGGGUGAAAUAGCUAUACUGACAUGUGCUCCUGAAUAUGCCUAUGGCAAAAGUGGUAGUCCUCCUUUGAUUCCACCAGAUGCUACGUUGAAAUUUGAAGUUGAGCUGAUCAGUUGGAAUGGAGAAGAUCUAAGUCCAAAUAAAGACAAAAGCAUUGAGAGAUAUCAGAUUGUUGCUGGAAAAUCCUAUGCUAAUCCAGAAGAUGGUGCCCAAGUGAACAUACAUCUUGUUGGAAAAUAUAAUGGACAAGUAUUUGAGGAAAGAGAUGUAGAAUUUUGUCUCGGAGAGGGAGAAGUUGUAGGAAUUGUGGAGGGUGUGGAGAUAGCGCUGAAGCGCUUUUUGAAUGAGGAGAAAUCUAGAUUAAUAAUUAAAAGUAAAUAUGCAUUUAAAGAAAAAGGGAACACUGAAUUCAAUAUUCCACCAAAUGCAGAUGUGGAAUAUGAAGUAGAACUCAAAAGUUUUGAGAAGGAGACCGAGAUGUGGUCAAUGAAGUCAUCAGAAAAGAUAGAACAGGCAAAGAUUCAUAAAGAAAAGGGGACAAACUACUUUAAAUCCGAUAGAUUCAAUUUAGCUAUUAAAGUGUACCAAAAAGUUUUAAAAUAUUUAUCUGUUGAAACAGAUUUCGAAAGUGACUUCAAAGCAGAGAAGAACAAUCUUGAGCUAACAACUCAUUUGAAUCUUGCUCUGUGUUACCUGAAAACAAAUGAGCAUCUCCUGGCUAAAGAAUCGUGCGAUAAAGCCUUAGAGCUGGACUCUCAGAACGAGAAGGCUUUAUUCAGAAGAGGACUAGCGCAUCUUGGACUUGCGUCGCCUGAAGUCGCUAUUAAAGAUUUCCAAGAGGUCAUAAAAGUAGAACCGAAAAACACGAUUGCGUCUAAGCAGAUUUUAAUUUGUAAUAACCUUAUUAAAAAGCAAUUAGCUAAAGAGAAGAAGCUUUACGCGAACAUGUUCGAUAAGUUCGCGCAAGAGGACAAACAGAAGGAGGAGGAGAAACUGAAAGAACAGCCAGAUGUAAUGCACGGAACUCUGGGAGAAUGGGGACAAGAAGAAAGACCAGGAGGUAGAGAUGCGACUGCCUUCGAAAAGGAAAAUCCUAACAUACUUAUGCUCAAUGCGAAUGGUACUGAUGAGUUCCAAAACAUGUAAACAAUGGCUCAUUUUUCUCCUCCUUUGUACUGCCUUGCAACUGCCAAUAACGAAAGAGAAAUUGAUCAAUUUUUUAUUUUCUAAAUUUUUCACUUUUUAAAUAUUGUUGCUUUUCAAAGAAAUCGGCAAAUGCAUGUCACAUGGUAACACUAACUGAAAUUUUAAUGAAUUUUUUAAUGGUAUUAAUUAUCAAAACCAUUAAUUAAGCAAUUUUUCUGAAUGCAUUAUCUUUAAAAGGUAAAUUUGUCAAAUUUUUUAAUGUUUUGUAAUGUAGUACAACUUUAAGCCAUGAUUGCAUUAUAUUUAUUUUAACAACUGCGUAUCACUCCGAUUUUUACAAAGCAAUAUGCAACAGUAAUAAAAGGAACAUAUAUCUCAAGAUAUAUUAUUCCAUUACAUAUAGUGCCAUCGUUUAAAUUUAGUUUAACAUAAUCUAUGUAAUAUUUGGAAGAAUAUUAAGACAAAUUCACUUUAAUACAAAUGUGUGCAUGUUUGUCGGGAAUUAUAAAAAUAAAUUGGGAAAUAUUUGUAUAUUAGAAGAAAAUAUAUAACAUUAAUUAUAUGUACAUGGAACAAUUGUAUGCAAAUAAUUUGAAGAAUGCACAUUUUCUUAGUAUAAAUUUAUAUCAUCUAUAUUAAGUUACAUGUUAUGCAGGUCAUUACAAAAUUAAACUGCAAGGAAAAUAAAUAAAAUACUUUAA